AGCUAAAAAAUUGCUAAAAUAGCAGCACUGUUCGUUUCUUUAUACGUGUCCGCACUUGAGUACUUUCACAUUCGUAUUGUUAUUUUCGCUGAGUACAGUGCAACUACAGUAAAUAAAAAUGGCUCCACCACAGAGAAUGCGCGUAGCUAACGAGAAGGCCAGCAAAUAUGUGACCAUGCGUGGCAAUGUACCUAAAUCAUCGAAAGCGAAAGAAGGACAAUAUCCCGUCGGACCCUGGCUCUUGGCACUGUUUAUCUUUGUGGUGUGCGGCUCAGCAAUUUUCCAGAUCAUCCAGUCAAUUCGGGCCGCGUAAAUGUUGGCAGCUAAUCCAAUAUCAACAGUUUAAAAAUACACACAAACAAACAUAUAUAAGCUAAAAGCUCAGCACACAUACAUACACUAUACACCAAUCUGUAAAAUUUUCCAAAAUAUUAAGCCAUUUCCCGAGUUCUACUGAGUUCUUCGCAAACAAACAAAUUUCAAGUCCAUGUUUUGUAAUUAAGCUUGUAAACUGAACAAUAUGUGCGCCUGUAUAAUGUAAAUCAUUCCUGCUAAUCGCUCUGCGCACUUACAUACAUUACUUGAUUGCUGAUUGUGCAGUAUCCAAGGCACAAAUAGAUAAAUUGCAUUUUGCAAGAAUAUUGUGAAAGAUGUGUUGAUGCGUUGUUCUUUGAUACGACGACGAUUAGAUGAAACUAAUAACAAUGAAAAAUAUAAACGAUAAUUUUUUUACCUAA